CUUUUGGAAUUCCGGGUAUGAGGCAGAAGGGAUAUCACAGAGGAGGAGAGAGGAGGAAGACAGGCCGCACCUUUAAACCCUUACUGUUUUUUGGGGGGUAAAAGGAAAAGAACAUUGAAAAAUCCAAGAAAGAGGAGAAAGGAGGGAAGAUGAAAGAACAAAGAAGAAAAAUAAAGGAAUGAAAAAGAAGAAAAAUAAAGGGAGAGAGAGAAGGAACAAAGAAGAGCAAAAGUAAAGUUUGUGAAUUCAAAAAGUUUGCAGAUAUUUAAAACACAAAAUGAUUUGAACGUGGGAUUGCGUCACCUUAAGCGAAGAAGAGCUGCACGGAGACGAGAAAAAGAUCCAUAAAUAAACGUGUGAUCGACACAGGAGACCGAGAAACUGAAAAAGAAAGUAAAAAAGUCUAAGUAAACAAAAAAAGAUGUUCUUCCAAAGGUCCUUUCACUGGCCCUCACCUCCGGCCAUCUUCUCAAAGAUUCUCCGUUCCAAAUCAAGUUCUCCCUCUGAUCCUCAAAACCCUCCCCCAAAGCCCAAACGUUGGUCUUUGCCCCAUAUUCCACUGCCCACUCUACCCUCUUUUCAAUCUGUCCUCCAUUUCAGCAGGAAAGAUGAAGAUACUAAAUAUUCUCCUCCUCCUAAUAUCAAUGCUCAACACUUCCAGAUCUGCAUCAACUUGGUCCAUCAUAUUAUAGACUCCUGUAUCCGUGUUUGUCUAUGGCUAUUCUCUCCAAUAUUUCAGGUGACUCUGGAUGUUUUUGGGAUACAAGGAGCCCUAAAACUCUGGAUUCAUGGUAUUGGCAUCUUUGUAGCCACUACAUACGGCAUGUAUUUACUUCUCUGGCUGGCCCAAGAGUACCUUCUCCAAUUGACCUCCAUGUAUGGAGUGUUACAGAUCUUUGUACUAAGUGUAAGUCUAAAGUCAGAACGAGAGGAGAUGGAGAAAGAGAAAAUUGAAGAAGAUGAUGAUGAUGAUAAAAGACAAGAAGAAGAAAACGUAGAACAAGAGAGGGUACAUGAGGAGGAAAGAUGGGCAGGUGGAAGUGAAGAUGAAGAUUAUGAUUCAGAAGAUGGGUGGGAGACUGAUGGGAAAGAAGAAGAUGUUGUUUAAAAUAGAUUAUUUUUGCCAAGUGGUGGAACUCCAUGAAAUGUUGACUAUUUUAAGAUUGAGAGGGGGUGUUCUAUUCUCAGGGAUUCUCCCAAAAGAAGAGUCAUGUCAAGAUUGUGAGAGGAUGUUAUCAUCACAAAGAACACAGUAGAAGAAAAUAAAUCUAAUUUAUAUUUUAUAGUUUUAAAAGUAUUUAUAUUUUUAUGCCUAUGUUUGGUGAUUCUUGUGGAAAGAGAAUCAUAUUGAAAUAAACUCAACAUACCAAAAACAUGUUGCAGUUUUAUGAACUAAGGAACCAAUGCUACAGGUAUUGGAAUGUACUACAAAUCCAGAACAGAGACUGAGAUUUAAAUAACAGAAAUACACUGCAAAUAAACAAACAAAUUUAUUGUUACAGGUACCAGUCUGCAUUCAAAAUGUGGACCCUAACAUGGAUUAAUACCACUGGGACCAGAAUGCAUUGCUAAUCUCGAGCCAUAGACAUAUAAAGUCUAAAGGGACCAGAAUAUAUUACAAGUUUAGAACCAAAGUAUGAUCUGGGGUACAUUAACCAGAAUGCAACAGAAUCACAAGCCAAAGGAAGUUCUGAACUACAGCAACUAGAAUGCAUUGUAAGGGCUGAACUAAAGCAAAGCCAUGACUGCACGUGACCAGAAUGCAUUGCAAAUCCAGAACCACAGAUAAAAUGGACUACACAGCUUACAAUGUAUUACUUUGGUUUAUGAAAGGUUAUCUGCUGAAAUUUAUCAAUAGGUGUCUAUUUUUGCUAGAGUGUUUAUACAUACAUACACACACACACACACACACACACACACACACACACACAUAUUAAUGUAUGUAUAUAUAUAUAUUCUGUAUAUGUAUACAUGCGUUUGUGCUUUAUGUAUUUAUACCAGUCAUCUAAAAGUGAACAUCUGGAAAAAAAACCUUCUGUUUUGUGUAAAACAGAUGUUCCUGUGCAGAUGUUUUGUAUUCUGGUGGGAUAUAUGUCCCUUUUCUGUCAGGAACUUUGGACGUUGUGCAAUCUGCCCCUAGGGAUGAGUUGUGGACAAAUAUGUUAAUUUAAAUAUCAAUAUAAACAUAUUUGAUUUAA